AUGAAGGCUCUGCUGUGCAGUCUUGUCCUUGGUCUGCUUGUUGCCAGUCAAGGUGAAGCUCACGGAGAGAACUCACAGUUCACAGGAAGAUGGUUAAACUAUUACACGGCAGCCAAUAACAUAGAGAAGAUCACCGAGGGUGGGCCAUUCUACGCUUUCAUGCGUUGCAUUGAGUUUGAUGAAGAAAAUGGCACAAUAGUGAUGCAUUUUUACGUCAAGGAGAAUGGAGAAUGCCUAGAAAAAUAUGUCUCAGGCACAAAGGAAGGAAACUUUUAUGCUGUUGACUACGCGGGUCACAAUGAAUUUCAACUCAUUAGUGGGGACAAGGACUAUCUCAUAGUGCAUCAUCUCAACGUGGAUCCAGAUGGCAAGGAGACAGAACUGGUGGGAUUAUUUGGCGCAGGAAAUAAUGUUGAUCCAAAACACGAAGAGGAGUUCAGGAAUGCAGUGAGAGAAAGAGGGAUUCCAGAAGAAAAUAUCCGGAAUUUCAUCGAUAAUGAUGACUGUCCAGAGGAGUGA